AUCCCCAAAUCAUCUCAAUUUUCUCCUCAGAUGCAUCUUGAUCAUCUCAUUUGUCUCUCCGGGGCAUCUCGAAGCUAGCUCCUCCCUUCCGUGGCUAGCUAGCUAGCUUCCAGCCUUCAAUCCAUCUCCCAAACACAUUAGCAAAAACCUCAAUAUAAACCAAAAAACAUGUCUUCCUCAAACAAACUGCCAUUGAUUCUUUUCCUUGCUUCCCUCCUCCUUCGAACAACUCUAGGGGAAAUAAUAUGCGAGGAGUUAUCCAAGGAAGUAUGUGCAUUUUCGGUAUCAUCUUCUGGGAAAAGAUGUUUGCUGGAGAAUUCGGAGACCAAGGAAGGGCUAGACUAUCAAUGCACAACAUCAGAUGUGAUUGUGCAGAGAAUGGCAGAGCAUAUCGAGACGGAUGCUUGUGUUAAUACAUGUGGCCUUGAUCGGACCAUGGUGGGGAUGUCAUCGGAUUCGUUGCUAGAGCCACAAUUCACCGCGAAGCUCUGCUCUGACUAUUGUUACCACAACUGUCCCAACAUUAUCGACCUUUACUUCAAUUUGGCUGCUGGAGAAGGGGUAUUUUUACCUGAUCUGUGUGCUGAACAAAAAGUUAACCCUCAUCGCGCAAUGCAAGUCUUAAUGAACUAUGUUCACAUUAGAGCUGUGGGUUCAAAUUAUGAUACUGAAGAAGAUGCCCCAUCUCCUUCAAGUCAAAGUAAUGGAACUCCUGCUCCUGCUCCUGCUCCAGCUCCAGCUCCUUCGGUUGAAAGUGCUGAAAAUGAAGAUGGUGCUCCAGCUCCUUCAAGUGAGAGUGCUGAAAGUGAAGACGACGCUCCAGCUCCUUCAAGUGAAAGUGAAGACGAUGCUCCAGCUCCUUCAAGUGAAAGUGCUGAAAGUGAAGACGACGCUCCAGCUCCUUCAAGUGAAAGUGAAGACGAUGCUCCAGCUCCUUCAAGUGAAGAUGAUGCUCUGGCUCCAGCUCCAUCAAGUGAAACCGCUGAAAAUGAAGAUGAUUCUCCAUCUCCUUGGAGUCAGAGUGCUAAAACUGAUGAUUAUGUGCCAUCUCUUUUAAGUGGUGAAUACAGAGACGUGGCUUAUGCUCCACCUCCCUCAAGUGAAAGUGCUGAAGGUGAAGAAGGUGCUCCAUCUCCAUCUCCCUCCGCUUCAACAAGUAUGGACGAAGUUGAGGAAGAUGCAGCAGCCCCCAUCUACCACUGAAAUUAGCUUGAGAAUAACAUGGACCUUGGUUUAUUAUAAAAGGGAAUUUGUCUAAUGAAAUUUGGGAGUACUAUGAGAAGAUUAUAGCUAUACUUUUAUCUAUAGACAAGAGAGGGAGACUUGUAUAAGAAAAUAUGAAAUUCAUAUAAAGGGAACAUAGCUAUACUUCUUGCUAUAUAACAUGGAAUGCGUUUGUCUCUGAUUCAG